GGGUGAGCACCGAGAGGGAACGCACGCAGAAAGGAAGAGGGGAGCCUCGGGAAGACAGCGCGCAGCGAAGGGUGGCGAGAGGACGGCUUUUAAGAGGAGACCUUUCGCAACGUUAGUCAGGUGGUGGGAGAGCGGACGCGUCGGAGGAUAAGACGAUCAUCAUUGGAUUUAAUAGAUUGCCGUCUGCGUUCUGGGGGGUUUCGUACCUAACCGCGAAGAUGUCUGGACAAAGCAUAACGGACAGGAUAACCGCGGCGCAGCACAGUGUGACCGGCUCCGCUGUCUCCAAAACGGUGUGCAAGGCGACCACGCACGAGAUCAUGGGGCCAAAGAAGAAACAUUUGGAUUAUCUGAUCCAGUGCACAAAUGAGAUGAACGUCAACAUCCCUCAGCUGGCGGACACGCUGUUUGAACGCACCACCAACACCAGCUGGGUUGUGGUGUUUAAAUCCCUCAUCACCACACACCACCUCAUGGUCUACGGCAAUGAGCGAUUUAUUCAGUACCUGGCUUCCAGGAACACACUUUUCAACCUCAGUAAUUUUUUGGACAAAAGUGGCUUACAAGGCUACGAUAUGUCCACUUUCAUUCGGAGGUAUAGCCGCUAUCUGAAUGAGAAGGCUGUGUCCUACCGACAGGUGGCUUUUGACUUCACUAAAGUGAAAAGAGGGGCAGACGGCGUGAUGAGAACCAUGAACACAGAGAAGCUGCUGAAGACCCUCCCCAUCAUUCAGAAUCAGAUGGAUUCACUCCUAGACUUCAAUGUAAAUGCCAACGAACUCACAAACGGGGUCAUCAACGCUGCCUUCAUGCUCCUGUUUAAAGACGCCAUCCGGCUGUUUGCCGCCUACAACGAAGGGAUCAUCAACCUGCUGGAGAAGUACUUUGAUAUGAAGAAGGUUCAAUGUAAAGAGGGACUCGACAUCUACAAGAAAUUCCUCACCCGAAUGACAAGAAUCUCAGAGUUCCUCAAAGUGGCUGAGCAAGUAGGCAUUGACAGAGGAGACAUACCAGACUUGUCUCAGUUUACGGUGUGUGCCCCCAGCAGUCUCCUGGACGCGUUGGAGCAGCACUUGGCUUCUCUAGAAGGGAAAAAGGUGAAAGACUCGACGGCCGCCAGCAGGGCUAGUACGUUGUCCAGUGCUAUGUCUUCUCUGGCAAACACGGGAAUAUCGUUCACCAAAGCGGAUGAAAAGGAGAAGCAGGCAGCUUUGGAGGAGGAGCAAGCUCGUUUGAAAGCACUUAAGGAGCAGAGACUGAAGGAACUCUCUAAAAAGCCUUCCGUAUCCUCCACCACUGCCGCCUCCCCUGUCUCUACGGCGUCUGGCAGCAUCAGCACCGCCCCGGCCAUUGACUUGUUCUCCAUGCCUAGCUCCACCAACAGUACUUCAAAGGUGCCAAGUGACCUGCUGGACCUGCAGCCAGUGUUCCGGCCAGCCCUGCCUCUCUCCACAACCCUGCCUAUGGCUAACUCCUGGGGAGAGCUGCACAGUCAAGAUUCUUUCACUACUUCCGAGAGCAUCGACGACUCCGUUCCAAACCUAAACCCUUUCCUUUCGGAUCCCGGCGAUGCUGCUCACCCAGCCCUUGGCUCUUCAGACAGUGUUAGUUUUUCUCCUAGGACACUCAGUCAUGAAAUGUUUUGUGACGCGUUCUGUUCGCCGGCCCCCUUCUCUAACACCCCGCUCUUCCGCUCCGAGCCCUCCACCAUAGCGGGACUAUUCGGAGGCUUUUCAGCAACGCCAGCCCCCCCGCCCGGCAGUUCUUCCGGCCUUAACGUCGACUUCGACUCCGUCUUCGGCAAUAAAUCAGCUCCCAACAACACAGACGCUGCUGAUGAUGUUUUAGGUGGUAUCCUGAAACCGACAGUAGCCUCUCCUAACCAGGGUCUGCCGCCCAGUGCCCAGCAGCCUGGCAAGCUGGUGUCUGAUGACCUGGAGUCCUCGCUGGCCAACCUGGUGGGCAAUCUGGGCAUUGGUAAUGGCAUGGUGAAAAACGACAUCCACUGGAGUCAGCCUGGUGAGAAGAAGUUGACUGGGGGAACCAACUGGCAACCAAAGACUGCUCCCACCACCACAUGGAAUCCUGCCACGAUGAAUGGCAUGCAUUUUCCACAAUACGCACCGUCUAUCAUGGCCUUCCCUGCAACGACACCCACAGGCAUGAUGGGAUAUGCAGUGCAACCCCAGAUGGCCCCCGUGGCUGUGAUGACACAGCCCACCAUGAUGUACACGCAGCCCGUGAUGCGGCCGGCGAAUCCCUUCGGCCCAGUCUCAGGAGCACAGCCUUCGACUGCCUCUAGUCCCUCCAGCCAGAGUCCUCUCAGGCCUCCGGGACAGGACCGCUUUGCACAGCUCUCGCUCAAGGAUUUCCUUUAGAGACUCUUAGAUGCAGUUCAUGUGAAGCUGCUGCCAGCGUCCGCUCCCCGAGGAUGAGUCACAUGGCAGCCCAUCUCAAACCUUUAACUUGUCCCCAGUUCACUGUUUGACUCCAGGCCAGGAGUACUGGCCCCAGCACCGACUCAGACAGGAACCCAGGGAGGGGGGGGGAGGGGGGGUGUUUUGUACGGUAAGAGACACCAGGCAGUCUGGCGAGUGUUUUGUAAUUUGUCUAACGGUAACAGAGCUCCAGCUGUUUCUCCCCUGUACAGGACUGAUGGUCUGUAAAGACA